CCUAAAGGUACAAAUUUUGCACAUUUUUUCUGACAGUGUGUAAUAUCAGUGUAUUAUAAAAUGACGUUGGGAAAUAAGUAGAAAUGUGAAAUGGUUCAAGGAAAAUGAGUCUUUAUCAGUGUUUUAUGAUCUGUACAAACCGUCUUUCACUGUGGACUUUGAUACUAAAUCAUGUACUUGGGUCAGUAAAUCACAUUGAGUUGGACAAUGAAAGUUGCACAGGCUGAGAUGUGUUAGUGGCUACACCUGUUAAAGACAGGUAUUAUUUUUCAUGUGUUUGGACUCAUACUGGCAUCAUUUGGGGAAAUGAAAAGCUACACAUCUUCAUUCCUUCUGAUCCUGAGUCUUUUUCUCACUUCAGCAGAUGCUACUUCACCUUCUCCAGAAGUUUCAUCUACAGAAAUUACUAUUUCAGCUACUGCUGGAACAGCUGGUUUUUCUGAUGUAACUUCAGUAGAUCCUGCUACAGUCGACACGAUCCUUACAACAGAUAUUUCAACAACUGUUGAAAUCACAGCAACCAGUGAACCUUCAAAUACAGCAGAAACCACUGCAACUCCAGAUGACAGUACAACAAGCAUUUCCAGUGUAACUUCAGAAGAUCCUGCUACAGUUAUGACAGAUCCUGCUUCAACUGAUGCCACAACUCCAAAAGAUCCUCUUAUGACCACUGUUGUUGUAACAACAACAAUAUCUACUCAGUCAACACCCAAAACCACAACUGCCAAACCUAUUGUGUGUCAAAAUGGUGGAACUCCACAACCAAAUAACCUGGCUUGUAUCUGUCCCCCUGGUUUUACAGGGACACACUGCAGUAAUGUUGAAUCUCUUACACCAGAUAUUUUAACAACUGUUGAAACCACAGCAACCAGUGAAUCUUCAAAUACAGCAGAAACCUCUGUAACUCCAGAUAACAGUACAACAGGGAUUUCCAAUGUAACUUCAGGAGAUCCUACUACAACUACAGUCAACACCACUCCUACACCAGAUAUUUUAACAACUAUUGAAACCACAGCAACCAGUGAAUCUUCAAAUACAGCAGAAACCUCUGUAACUCCAGAUAACAGUACAACAGGGAUUUCCAAUGUAACUUCAGGAGAUCCUACUACAACUACAGUCAACACCACUCCUACACCAGAUAUUUUAACAACUACUGAAACCACAGCAACCAGUGAAUCUUCAAAUACAGCAGAAACCUCUGUAACUCCAGAUAACAGUACAACAGGGAUUUCCAAUGUAACUUCAGGAGAUCCUACUACAACUACAGUCAACACCACUCCUACAUCAGAUAUUUUAACAACUGUUGAAACCACAGCAACCAGUGAAUCUUCAAAUACAACAGAAACCUCUGUAACUCCAGAUGACAGUACAACAGGGAUUUCCAAUGUAACUUCAAAAGAUCCUACUACAACUACAGUCAACAGCACUCCUACACCAGAUAUUUCAACAACUGUUGAAAUCACAGCAACCAGUGAAUCUCCAAAUACAGCAGAAACCACUGUAACUCCAGAUGAAAGUACAACAGGGCUUUCCAGUGUAACUUCAGAAGAUCCUACUACAACUACAGUCAAUACCACUCCUACACCAGAUAUUUCAACAACUGUUGAAAUCACAGCAACCAGUGAAUCUCCAAAUACAGCAGAAACCACUGUAACUCCAGAUGAAAGUACAACAGGGCUUUCCAGUGUAACUUCAGAAGAUCCUGCUACAGCUACAGUCAACACUACUCCUACACCAGAUAUUUCAACAACUGUUGAAAUCACAGCAACCAGUGAAUCUCCAAAUACAGCAGAAACCACUGUAACUCCAGAUGAAAGUACAACAGGGCUUUCCAGUGUAACUUCAGAAGAUCCUACUACAACUACAGUCAAUACCACUCCUACACCAGAUAUUUCAACAACUGUUGAAAUCACAGCAACCAGUGAAUCUCCAAAUACAGCAGAAACCACUGUAACUCCAGAUGAAAGUACAACAGGGCUUUCCAGUGUAACUUCAGAAGAUCCUGCUACAGCUACAGUCAACACUACUCCUACACCAGAUAUUUCAACAACUGUUGAAAUCACAGCAACCAGUGAAUCUCCAAAUACAGCAGAAACCACUGUAACUCCAGAUGAAAGUACAACAGGGCUUUCCAGUGUAACUUCAGAAGAUCCUGCUACAGCUACAGUCAACACCACUCCUACACCAGAUAUUUCAACAACUGUUGAAAUCACAGCAACCAGUGAAUCUUCAAAUACAACAGAAACCACUGUAACUCCAGAUAACAGUACAACAGGGAUUUCCAAUGUAACUUCAGAAGAUCCUACUACAGCUAUGACAGAUCCUGCUUCAACUGAUGUCACAACUACAAAAGAUUCUGUUACGACCACCGUUGAUGUAACAACAACAUCUACUCAGUCAACAUCCAAAACCACAACUGCCAAACCUAUUGAGUGUGAAAAUGGUGGAACUCCACAACCAAACAACCUGGCUUGUAUCUGUCGCCCUGGUUUUACAGGGACACACUGCAAUACUGUUGUCUCUCAAAUUACAGUCAAAGACAACAUUGAAAGGACAGUCAAAGUUGAUAUGGAAGUGAAUGAAGAAUUUACUCCUGAUCAUGAAAACCCAUCAUCAGAUCAAUAUAAAGAAUUUGUUCAAAGAUUCAAUAAAAAGGUUGAACCCUAUUAUAGAAAAAUAUCUAAUUUUGAGCGUGUGGACAACAUAAUUCUAAGUGCUGGUGGACCAAUAAAAACAAUUAGUAGGCAAAGAGGAAAAAGAAGCUUGCUUUUGAAGGAAACUCAAAGUCUGAAUGUUAAGCAUGAUGUUAUUCUUAACAUUACAAAUGAUGACCAUGUCUUUCAAAAUUAUGAUAAUCUAACCAAAGAGGUGGAUAAGGCUCUCAAAUCCAUAAUAAAUGACACAGGUGAUGACUUAGUUGUAAAUAAUGCCAAUGCAACACAGACUGACCUCAAUGAGGUGUGUCUUGAGGCUACAGAAGAUUUAGGUGAAGUCUAUCAAAAGUAUUAUGAAGCAGUUCUAGUGAAUGACAAAGUGACAUGUCUGACUGCAUGCCAUAGAGAUCAUCCUAAACCAAAAAAGUGUAGGAACAGUGGCACCUGUGAAGUUAAUAAACAAGGUCCAUCCUGCAAUUGCCUCAAUGGUUACUGGUACUUGGGAGAGGAUUGCAGUUUCCUGGUACACAAGGACGGACUUUAUGGCGGAUUGGGAACAUUAAUAGUAAUAACUAUAGCAUUCCUGACAGUUUAUCUUGUGAAAAACAAACAGGCUGUAAAAAGGAAAUACAUUGUGCAAAAGGUAGAUAAUGUCUUUAAGUGGCUUCCACAAAAGAAUACAUCAGGAGGCAUGCGCAAGAAGAACAGUUUAGAAAAAAAUAAACCUAAUUUAUCUGCGGAUCAAAACUGCAACCAGAAUUUCUCACCUGAACCUGAUAUUAAUCUCCAGAAUCUUCAGAGAGACCAGCUUGUGAAUACGGACAGAUACAUACAUAUCAAUAUAUUGUUUUUACAAAGUAAACAAAUCUAAAGCCAUUACGUGCAGAAACAGGGUUGAUAGAUUUGACUCCUUUUACUGCACAACUGCAUAUGUCCAUAGAAGGUACCUGUUACAAGUAGUCACUGAUUUUUUUUUUCUUCUCUACUGUUGAAUUCAAUUUAAUAUUAGCAUUGUAGCAUCACUACUAUCAUGGCUUUUCACUAAUUCCUCAUUAUGUCUUUUGCUCUUAACAGAUGAAUAUGAACAGAUCUCAGAUCCAGACAUCUGUUGAUAUUUAAGGGAUAUUCGAAAUGUAUGGAAUUUAACAGAAGUAGAAUGGCUCUGUUUGACAUAUUGAAUGUAUCUGUUACUUGGAUGCUUUAAAAAUAUCCAGUCUUGAUGUAUCAGUCUCAAGCCAAUUGCGAGAGAUUUCUUUUUAUACCAUAAAAUGUAGUAAUAGUACAAUUGUGCAUAUUUUCUGUAUCUCAGAUGUGUGACAAAUAUCAUCCGUCCAUAUUGUGUUUGAUUACAUGAUGAAGAGAAGCAGUGAAACUUUAGAAAUGUCCUGUUUCCUUUCAGAUAUGUUAUUAAAUUAAUGAAGGUAGCAAAAUAAGAAUAUUUUGCAUCAUUUUUUAAGGUUUUACUUUGUUAGUGCUCAUGGGGCUUUUCCUUACUGUAUAUUCUAUCACUCAAUUUACUCUCUUCAGAUUACAUUGUUAUAUUAUUUUCUACUUUCAAAAUACACUAUAUUGCCAAACGUAUUGGGACACCCCUCCAAAUCAUUGAAUUCAUGUAUUAGAAUCACUUCCAUGGCCACAGAUGUAUAAAAUCAAGCACCUAGACAUGCAGACUUCUUCUACAAACAUCUGUGAAAGAAUGGGUUGCUCUCAGGAGCUCGGUGAAUUCAAGCGUGGUACCCUGAUAGGUUGCCACCUGUGCAAUAAGCCAAUUCAUGACAUUUCCUUACUACUAAAUAUUCCACGGUCAACUGUUAAUGGUAUCAUAACAAAGUGGAAGCAAUUGGGAACAACAGCAACUCAUGUAGUGAUGUAAAGCACGCCACCACUGGACUCUAGAGGAGUGGAGAUGUGUUCACUGGAGUGACGAAUCACACU